GAAUACUUUGACUUGCAACAAAGAAACAAAGAAGAAAAGCAGCACCUUCCUCUUUCUUUCCAUACCGUGUGUGUUCCCCAACAUUAUAUAAAUAAUAAUCCUACACCCCUCUUCAUACUCCAGAUCAGAUCAAAUUAAACCAUCAUAUCAUCAUCUAAGGGUUGUUCAUGUGUAAAGUUACAAAGGGUAAAUUUUAUUCCGCUAUGGAUGAAGAGAAGCUUGCAGAAAAAUAUCAGGGGUUGUUUCUGAAAUGCUCAAAUUUAUUAGAGUUGGCCGCUGCGGAUGAUGUUACUGGAUUCGUUCACAUGGUGGAAGACAGCGGUGUGUGUAUAGAUGAGGUCAGCUUUUGGUACGGAAGAAGGAUUGGGGAUCUAAGGAAGAUGGGGCUGGAAGAACGGACGCCUCUCAUGAUUGCUUCCACUUAUGGAAGCAUUCGUGUUUUGAAAUUUAUUAUUGGUACAAAGAGAGUUGAUGUUAACAAAUUCUCUGAUUCAGAUGGUGCUACUGCCCUCCACUGCGCCGUGGCUGGAGGGUCUCCUACGUCGGUUGCUGUUGUGAAGCUUUUACUCGAAGCUUCGGCUGAUGUUAACAUGACCGAUGAUAAUGGGAACAAGGCGGUCGAUUUGAUUGCUCGUGGUGUUAAAGCGUCUACUCGUCGCGCUUUGGAGAGGUUGUUGAAGGGGUUAUCGAUUGAAGACGGGAAUGAUGAAGAACUAAUCGAUGAGAAAGAAACGGUGGCAGCGAAAAAGGAAUACCCGGUUGAUGUGUCGAUGCCGGAUAUUAAUAACGGGGUGUAUGGUUCGGAUGAGUUUAGGAUGUAUACUUUUAAGGUGAAGCCGUGUUCGAGAGCGUAUACUCAUGAUUGGACUGAGUGCCCUUUUGUUCAUCCGGGCGAGAACGCACGCCGUCGUGAUCUUAGAAAGUUCAACUACAGCUGCGUUCCCUGCCCGGAGUUUCGUAAAGGGAGUUGUGUGAAAGGAGAUUCGUGCGAAUACGCACAUGGGGUGUUUGAAUCCUGGCUUCACCCAGCUCAAUACAGGACUCGGUUAUGUAAGGAUGAAACUGGGUGUGCGCGAAAAGUGUGUUUUUUUGCGCACAGAGUGGAGGAGCUCCGGCCGGUGUAUGCUUCCACCGGCUCGGGUCUGCCUUCACCAAAAUCAGGGUCUGUGCACCCUGUUGCUGUUACUUCAAUGGAAAUGGGUUCCAUGAGUCCGCUGGCUCUUGGUUCAACUCCUCAGAUGUCUCCACCGACUUCCCCAAUGUGGCAGAACAAGGUGAAUCAUUUGACACCACCUACGCUGCAACUUCCAGGAAGUCGGUUGAAGACCGCGUUGAACGCUAGAGAUUUGGAGAUCGAUAUGGAGCUGCUUGGAUUGGAGAGUAUAAGAACUCAACAACAACAUCAACAACGACAACAAAUGAUCGAUGAUCUAUCGAAUAAUCUUUACAACAAUAAUAACAAUAGAUUUGGGGAACUAAAGCCUAGGAAUCUAGAUGAUGUUUUCGGGUCACUUGAUCAAUCAUUAUUGUCUCAGUUUCAUGGUCUAUCUCCAAAAGUAUCAAACACACAAACCCAAUUGCAAUCCCCAACAAGCCACCAACAAUUCAACUCGCUUCGGGCUUCCUACCCUUCACCAAACUACUCGUCUUCUCCCGUGAGGAAGCCGGUGGGUUACGGGUUUGAUUCGUCGGCUGCAGUUGCACAGGCAGUCAUGAAUUCAAGAUCUGGCUCCCUUAAGCAGAGGAGCCAUAGCUUUAUUGACCGAGGAGCCGGAGCCCAUAUUGGGCUCCGGUCAAACCCCCAACAAUCUUCCGGUUUCACCGAAUGGGGAUCCCCGGACGGAAAACUGGAGUGGGGGUUUGAAGAUGCGAAUAAGCUUAGGAAAUCUGUAUCUUUUGGAUAUGGUGGAACAACAGUGAAUGUUAAUCAUGAACCGGAUGUUUCAUGGGUGAACACCAUGGUUAAAGAUGUCGGAACCGGGGUGAAUGGUUCACCAGAAAUGGCCCGGUACGGCGGCAGCGGUGAGAUCCUGCCACAGUGGGUUGAGCAAAUGUACAUAGAACAAGAGCAGAUGGUGGCAUAAAAUCUUUAGCCAUUGAAAUUCUUUUGAGAAUUGUUUAAUUUAUAUAUUUUUUGAUGUACUAAUAUCAGAUGUAGGAAGAUGAAGAAAUCUGAAAUUGAUCUUCAUCAGGGAAGAAGAACUGGGAAUUCUUUUAAUUUUUUCUUCAAUUUUAUGUAAUUUCUUCAGAAUUUCCCAACUGGGAAUUUAAUUAUUUUCGUUUUUUUUAUCAUUUUAUUCCAGAUUUGAAGAUGAUAUAAAAUCAACUUCCUUUAUUAAA